CGCGACGACGGCAUGUUCGUGACAACAUGAAAAAGAAAAAGUGUGAAAGAUUAUUGUGAACCAGGGAGAUCGAGCAAGGCAGAGGAGAGGAGAGGAGAGGAGAGGAGAGAUUCAAGGAGGAGAACACACCCAACCAAACCUGCCAGAGUUCCCUGGUUGCCAUGGAUCCCCCUCCCUCUCUGAGCUUGGCCCUUCUUUCCGGGAGCGAAGAAGAUGAUCAACACUCUCCCCACCCUUUGAGUGGUAUCUCCCAUACGUCCAUUUCCAGCAACUAUCCGGGCAGCAAUCACUCUAACCACACGGGUGGAACCAGCAGCCUGGAGCGGCUCAAUGGCACACCAUCACCAACUGGCCCAAACCUUCCGCCAGUCUCUUUGCCCAAGCUUCCACUGGUGACGACACCACAGCUGCCGGCACCAAUCCCCAAUGCACUGCACCCUACCAGCACACCACUCUCGUCCUGUCUGGGCAGUCAGCAUAGCCUGAGUGGUGAAACGUCACCGAUCUACAACGCCCUGUUUUAUUCCUCUCACUCACCGACAGGCGAACGAGAACGGGAUCGAGGUUGUAAGCACAGGCAGGCCAGUCCACUGGUGCACCGCAGGGACAGUAACCCAUUCACUGAGAUUGCCAUGAGCUCAUGCAAGUACACUGGUGGUGUGAUGAAACCUCUCAGCCGUCUCAGCGCCUCGCGCAGGAACCUCAUUGAGUCUGACAGUGGAAGUGACAGCAAAGAGGGUGGGGCUGCCACUGGACAUGGGGCAGUGCUCUCCUCCUCCUCCUCUGCUACUGCACCUCAGAACCCACCGGAGAUUGUCAUCUCGUCCAAAGAGGAUCCACCAUAUGGACAUGUCUAUGAGCUCGAGUCAUCGGCUAAUCAGAUGUCUAUCUAUCACCAGAACCACACCCUCUCUGAGAGCAGGGGCACCUUAGGGUUGACGGGCAGUGGGGGCAAUGGACGGCAGGCCGGGGCAGGUGGAGAGACCGGGAGGACAGCCUCUAAAGCUCCUAAGCGCAAGAACCAGAAUAUUGGUUAUAAGCUUGGCCACCGGAGGGCGUUGUUCGAGAAGAGGAAGAGACUCAGUGACUAUGCGCUCAUCUUUGGCAUGUUUGGCAUCGUCGUCAUGGUGAUCGAAACAGAGCUUUCCUGGGGUGUCUAUAGCAAGAGCUCCAUGUAUUCCCUGGCAUUGAAAUGUCUUAUCAGCCUGUCUACCAUCAUCCUCCUUGGGCUCAUCAUCGCUUACCAUGCUCGAGAGGUGCAGCUGUUUGUCAUUGAUAAUGGCGCAGACGACUGGCGCAUCGCCAUGACCAUGGAGCGAGUAUUGUUGAUUGCGCUGGAGCUGCUGGUCUCAGCUGUGCACCCAGUGCCUGGAGACUUCAAGUUUGUGUGGCGCGCUCGACUUGCGUUCACCUACAUCCCCUCGCAGGCGGAGGCUGACCUGGAUAUGGUGCUAUCCGUGCCCAUGUUCCUCCGACUCUACCUCAUCGCCCGUGUUAUGCUCCUCCAUAGCAAGCUGUUCACCGAUGCCUCCUCCCGGAGCAUAGGGGCUCUCAACAAGGUGCACUUUAACACACGGUUUGUGAUGAAGACCCUGAUGACUAUCUGCCCAGGUACAGUGCUUCUGGUCUUCAGUAUCUCCCUGUGGAUCAUUGCAGCCUGGACUGUACGAGUAUGUGAGAGGUACCAUGAUGCUCAGGAUGUGACCAGCAAUUUCCUGGGAGCCAUGUGGCUCAUCUCCAUCACCUUCCUCUCCAUUGGUUAUGGAGACAUGGUGCCUCAUACCUACUGUGGCAAGGGAGUGUGUCUUCUGACUGGCAUUAUGGGGGCAGGCUGCACAGCGCUGGUUGUUGCUGUGGUAGCAAGGAAGCUGGAGCUGACCAAGGCUGAGAAGCACGUGCACAACUUUAUGAUGGACACACAGCUCACAAAACGGAUAAAGAAUGCAGCAGCCAACGUUCUUCGAGAAACAUGGCUGAUCUACAAACACACCAAGUUGAUGAAGAAGAUCGACCACUCACGUGUGCGCAAGCACCAGAGGAAAUUUCUGCAAGCCAUCCACCAACUGCGAAGUGUAAAAAUGGAGCAAAGAAAACUGAGUGACCAGGCCAAUACACUAGUGGACCUCUCAAAGAUGCAGAGCGUGAUGUAUGAGCUCAUGUCUGAGCUGAAUGACCGCAGUGAAGAUCUGGAGCGCCAGAUGUUGAGCCUGGAGCAGCGAGUGGAGCAGCUCACGGCAGGUUUCAGCGCUCUGCCUGCUCACCUCUCAGCCACGCUAAAUGCACAGCAUGCUGCGCUCAUCCGCUUACUGCAGGAGCGAGAUGCCCAGACCCCCAGCCCCAACGUGCCCGUCCUUAUUACCCCUAAGCCCAGUGCCAACAACCAGGCCUCAGAAGAGAGCCCCAACACCAGUACAUCCAACUGCUGA